UGGUUACAAGAAUGAACAUGAAGGAUAGUAGUAAACAACCGCUUCUCUGUAAUGAUAAAAAACCUGAUAGCUCGACACAUAUCAUGAAGUUCACAGAUAUCGAUGGUCCUGACUUUGCAUCUCAAAAAUUACAUUUGCAAGAG